AUUGUGUCUCUGGUCGCCUGUCUCCCACUGACCUCUCUGGUGACCUUUGCCCUCCAACAGGUCAAGGAGUUUGGGUGCCGGGCCUUCGCCAUCUUGUUCGAUGACAUCGACCACACCAUGUGCCCCGCUGACAAAGAAGUCUUCAGCUCAUUCGCUCACGCGCAGGUGUCGGUGGCCAACGAGAUCUACCGGUACUUGGGGGAGCCUCCCGUCUUCUUGUUCUGCCCGACAGAGUACUGCGUCUCCCUGUGCUACCCGAGUCUCAAAGCCUCCAACUAUCUGAAGGUCAUUGGGGCCGACCUUCACCCUGGGAUCGGGGUCAUCUGGACAGGCAGCACGGUUAUCUCCAAGGAGAUCUCGGUGGAGUCGGUGGCGGACGUGCAGGAGGUGGUGAAGCGGCGACCGCUGAUAUGGGACAACCUUCACGCCAACGACUAUGCCCAGAGACGCGUCUUCCUGGGGCCCUACAGGGGGCGCCCCACCAGCCUGGUGUCCAAGCUGCAGGGCGUCUUGCUCAACCCCAACUGCGAGCUGGAGGCCAACUACGUGCCCAUCCACACCCUGGGCACGUGGCACAAGUGCGGAGUGCGGGCAGCAGCCAGCCGGGCAUUGGAUACUGAUGACGGAGCUGAGAUUGACCAAACAUACUGCCCCAAAGAAGCACUAAAAGUUGCACUGGCUGACUGGGUAAAGGAAGUCAACAGACCUUUGAACCCAAGCAGACAGCAGCUAAAGGAGGAACGGGGGCCGAGGCCGGAGAUCGGAUUGUCCGAAGAGGUCCCUCUGAACAGGAAGGUCGAGACGAGGGUCGGGAAGCCUGGUGACCCGCGGACACGGGGGAGCACUUCGAAGGCAGGAGGGACUGGGCCAUUAAGUAACCCUGAGGCAGCUGAGGGCCCUGAGGUUGACGGUAAAAGCCUUCACCCCGCGAUGGUCAGCGGCCAAGAGCCGGAGGGAACGAGAGGUCCCGGGACCCAGAGCGCUCCGGAUAAAGGAGGGGUGGGGAACGUCGGGCCCGGGAAGGCGGCUGAGGAGGAGAUCCGCACGGCGAGGGUGGGAGGAGCGGCCGGACGUAGCCUGAACCUCAGCCCGGCCCACCUGUGCCUGAUGGUGGACCUCUUCCACCUGCCCUACCAGCACGGAGACGGGACGGCCAGCAAGCUCCGCCAGUUCCAGUGGCUCAAGACCAACGCCCACUAUGUGGGCUCCAACACCAAGAUAGACGGGCCGAAGGCGGAGGAGUGGAGAAUUGGCACACACUCGUUCCAGCUGUGGUGUGACGAGAUCGUCCAACUCUACCAACACUUCAUGAGGAGCCCCAACAGGGCCAUUGUCUACGACCUUUACCCCUACCUCUGGGACAUCAGGAACACGCUCCUUGUGGUCAAGGCCUUUGUGAUGUGGCUGGAUGGACGAAUUGAGAAGAGCACCUAUUCCUUCCACUCCUGGAUGCAGUGCUUCCAAUGGUGCCGUACCAACAGUGCCGGUCACGUGUCGGCUACAGAGGGAGAGCCCUGGAUUUACAGAGGAGGGCUUGUGGGAGAGUUUCAGAUGAUGCUUCCGAUCACAAGCAGCAGCGAACUCUUCAACCAGCCUCCUCCAAUCUUUCCCACAGUGAAAGCAUACAGCGUCAGGCCCUUCGAACAGAGGGACAAGAGGGCACUGUAUUCCAUGUGCACAGAGAGUCUCAUCUGUACCUCGAGGGAGAAGGACCACGAAAACUGCCACCCAGACCUGAUCGGAGACAGGUUUCUGGGCCGCUUCCUGACGUUAAGCCCAGGGUAUUGCUUUGUGCUGGAGGAUGAGCAUGGAGUUUGUGGCUGCGUAUCUGGAGCCCUGGACGUCAAGGCAUUCCUAAAGGGCGCAGAGGUAACCUGGCUUCCUGCAAUGCAGGAGAAAUACUCCAGGCCAGCACCUCACAGGAUCCUAACUCCAACUCAGGAACUGACGAUGUAUUUCUACAGGAAGACGCCCAGUUUCUCCGACUCGUUGCUCUACCACUUCCCUUCCCUGAUGCAAAUGGAUGUCCAUCCCAAGAUGGCGGAUCCCAGUGAAGCGUGGAACUUAGUUAUCUGUGCACUGUCUGCACUAAAGGCUAACGGUUCCCAGGGCCUGUUCUGCGAGCUCAACACCAGCGACAAGAAGGGGCUGGAGUUCCACCUCCGGCUGGGCUUCCUGGAGCUGCCAGGAGUAGAGCCGUCCACGCCACAGGGGCUGAUCCUCGGCAGGCUGCUGUGACCCCCCGGCGAGAUCACUCCCGGCUUCCCAGCCCAACCCUGAC